AUGCAGGUCGUCUUCACCGUGACUCGAGUGACCAUCGGUCUUGUGUAUUUCCAGGACUGUCCUCAGCAGCCGAACAUCCCUAAAUAUCUUUUGGGGAUAGCUCUGUUCCCCCUGCUGGCUGCACUUAUGACGAAAGAUGCUGCCCGACCACAAGAGCAUCCCAGUUGCCUCAAGGCCUCUUUGCAGUGCUUCCUGUGCCUGUUCAUGUUUGUUUGGCUCAUAUUAGGUGCCGUGUGGGUUUUCGCCGUCUACCAGCCAAACUACGACCCCUCCGCCGCUGAUGGCCUGUACUGUAACAAAACGCUGUACACGUUUGCUUUCUGGAACGCCGUACUGGAGACUUUUGGGUUUGUCGUCAUCCUGGCUAAACUCUGCAAAGGACUGGUGUGUUAUGUGAACUUGAGUCCAGUGGACGCAGAUUUUUACAGGAAUGUCUGA